AGCGCGGGUCACCGCCCUGCACGGCGGGAGAAGUCACCGCACUGACGUUCCCCAGGGCGCUGGGCGGCCGAAGGUCUGGUUGAGAACUUGAACCCGCCUGAGGCGGAGGCCUAGAAAAUGCAGGCCCGCUGAACCCGCCCGCCGGCCCUGAGCCCCGAAACCCUCCCGCAGUUUCCCCUGACCCCGCGGCGGCUCUGCGCCUUGUCCGAUUUCUUGCUGGUUGAAUGCCUCCUCCUCCACUCGCAACUUCAGGGCAGAGGUCUAGAGCUGCUCCUGGCUCUUGUACUCUACUUUGACCCAAGGAGAUCCUCAUUUCUCUUCCAAGAUGAAAACUGAGGAGCUACAGCUAUCUAGCUCUGAGCGGUUUUACUCCAAAGGCUGUGGCAGUAAGAACUCCUCUGAGAAACGUGUGGGCAGCCAGCAGUAUCUGUUGGAAAUGUUGGCCAGCUUGCAAUGGAUCUGAUUAUUUCUACACUGAAUAUGUCUAAGAUUGGUUACUUCUAUACCGAUUGUCUUGUGCCUAUGGUUGGAAACAAUCCAUACGCGACUGCGGAAGGAAAUUCAACAGAACUUAGUAUAAAUGCUGAAGUAUAUUCAUUGCCUUCAAGAAAGCUGGUGGCUCUUCAGUUAAGAUCCAUUUUUAUUAAGUAUAAAUCAAAGCCAUUCUGUGAAAAACUGCUUUCCUGGGUGAAAAGCAGCGGCUGUGCCAGAGUCAUUGUUCUUUCGAGCAGCCAUUCAUACCAGCGCAAUGACCUGCAGCUUCGCAGUACUCCCUUCCGGUACCUACUCACACCUUCCAUGCAAAGAAGUGUUCAAAAUAAAAUAAAGAGCCUUAACUGGCAAGAAAUGGAAAAAAGCCGGUGCAUUCCUGAAAUAGAUGAUUCCGAGUUUUGUAUCCGCAUUCCGGGGGGAGGCAUCACAAAAACACUGUACGAUGAAAGCUGUUCUAAAGAAAUCCAAAUGGCAGUUCUGCUGAAAUUUGUUUCAGAAGGGGACAACAUCCCAGAUGCAUUAGGUCUCGUUGAGUACCUUAAUGAGUGGCUUCAGAUAAUCAAACCACUUAGCGAUGACCCCACAGCAUCUACCUCACGGUGGAAAAUACCAAGUUCUUGGAGAUUACUGUUUGGCAGUGGUCUUCCCCCGGCACUUUUUUGAUCUGUUUUCCAUUUUAUACCUUAUACCCAGAACACUUACUACCAACACAACUGUUAAACAUUCUAGACAAAAAAACCGUAUGAUCCGAGAAUGUAUUAGGAAAUUACCUUCACUGUAAAUGUCAAAGGAAAAGAUUAAGGAUCUCUUUGCCAUGCUUUUCAUCAUAUGCAACAAAUGUGAAUUUUGUACAAUAAAAUUUUAUUUCCUAAGUAA